GCUGCAGUCUGUGGAUAACAUGUGCGCCCACACGCAAAGUUGAGCUGCUGGGGUCUGUGCUGGCACCGUUGAGCGGGACGUCUUUAUUCUAGAGAACGUGUAUUUCACUGUAUGCAAGAGAAUAAAAGUUUAAAGAUAAAAGCCCAACUCGGCUCUUGAAGAGAGUUGUACCGUCUUUGCUGGGAUUGUGCAGGAGCGCAAAGGCUUCCACACGACUGUGCUUCCUCUGGAGAGACGUCAACUGUGGUCCAAUAGGAAACCGAAAUCACUCAGCACUGAGGACGUACUGUACUGUAUCCGAAAUUUCUGACUUGAGUUCGUGCUGCUUCAGGAAUAAAUGAUCACCUCAACCAGAAGAGUGUCUCCUGAUAAAUCUGAAGUCAGAAUCGCCUUCAGCCUCGAUGACACAUCAGAUGUAAAAGAUGUGGAGAACCUUUCACAGACCUUCCCGGAUCUUGAACAACGUUUACAGCCAGUGCCACCUUGUGUCUCGCUAAGAGAGAGUGUUCAGGUGUACAAGGAACACUGCAGGAUGGCAAGAGAGUUCCACCAGGUCAAACAUGAGAUCGCUGUGCUUGAGGACCGCAAGCGUAAGUUACUGGCAGAGCUGGUGGAGGAUGAAAAGGUUGCCAUGGAGAUUGCUUGUCUAGAAGAAGAGUUUCGAUGUCUAACAGAGGAGAACUGCACCUUGCUGACUGUCCACAACGAGCGCACUCAGCAGCUGGAGAGGCUCUGCCUUGCCAAUCAAACAAGGCAAGACUCCUUUUGACCUCCGACCUCAGAGACCACCAGACUUCCACCUGACACCAGGCCAGCGACCAGAAACAAAGGCUCAGCUCAUGCUUGUUCUUUACAGUCUAUGAAUCUGCUAAUUACACUGAGAGGAGCUGUGUUCAUGUCUGAGUCAUUUGCUUGAAUCACAGAUGUACUCUUAUUGUCAGUGUGAAGAUUUUAUUGUGAUUCUACCAAGUGAUAACACAAUGCUUCUUUUCUGGGUGCUGUUUUGUAUUUAUAUGCUCUUAUAGAACCUUCCUGGUCAAUGUUGCAACACCGAACAGUAAAUUAUCACAUAAUGGCAGUUGCUGUGAAUGUUACCAGAUGGUCUUAUAUCUGUCUCAGGUCUUGUGGAAAUGCUAAUCUUUCACCUGAGGGAUCCAAAGGUGGUGCAAUGUGGUCCAAAUCUUAUACUUUAAUGAGUGUUUAACGUCUUUUCCCUCUCCCAGCACACACAUGAGUGCUUAAUCUCAUUGGGAAAUUAUAAGAAAUUAUGAGGAAGAGAAGAAAAUGAAAGAAAGAAAGAAAGAAAGAAAGAAAGAAAGAAAGAAAGAAAGAAAGAAAGAAAGAAAGAAAGAAAGAAAGAAAGAAAGAAAGAAAGAAAGAAAGAAAAGCUUUAUUUCACAGUAUUUGCUGUGAUACAUUGAGAGUUGUAUAUUUUAUUUUCCAUUGGUCGUGUACAUGGUGUAGUGUGUAGUUGCAGAGGGGGAAGUAUGCAAGAUAAACUGUUGCUUAUUGUCCUUGUCUGAUAAUAAAAGACAUUUUAUUUUAACACCAACUCCAGUUCCUUAGUUUCAUUUCUCUAAGCCAGUUAUGCUGUGUUUGUUGUGUCCACACUG